ACGUCAGACGCCGGCUGAGGUAAAUCCGUGGCUGUGAGCGCGCACGCAGCUAUAAGGAGGCAGCUGUGGUGGCGGCGGCGGCUGGGAGCGAGAGCUGUGCGGUCCCUGGAGGGUGAGAUGUGCGGAUGGAGGCCUGACGCUGCACGGAGCUUCGUCAUGUUUGUGUGAGAGAGCCAGGGGAAAGCCGGGCCGCCUUCUGUCGCCAUGGGCCUUAUCUUCGCGAAGCUGUGGAACUUCUUCUGCAACCAAGAGCACAAGGUGAUCAUCGUUGGGCUUGACAAUGCAGGAAAAACCACUAUUCUUUACCAGUUUUUAAUGAAUGAAGUGGUUCACACGUCUCCAACCAUAGGAAGUAAUGUAGAAGAAAUAGUCGUAAAGAAUACACACUUCUUGAUGUGGGACAUCGGAGGCCAAGAAUCCCUGCGAUCCUCCUGGAACACUUACUAUUCCAACACAGAGUUUAUUAUCCUGGUUGUGGAUAGCACGGACAGAGAGCGCCUUUCUAUCACAAGAGAAGAACUCUACAGAAUGCUAGCUCACGAGGAUCUACGGAAGGCUGCAGUUCUUAUCUUUGCAAACAAGCAGGACAUGAAGGGGUGCAUGUCAGCAGCAGACAUUUCUAAAUACCUCACUCUUAGCGCCAUAAAGGAUCAUCCGUGGCAUAUUCAGUCCUGCUGUGCCCUCACAGGAGAGGGCUUAUGUCAAGGCCUGGAGUGGAUGACUUGCCGAACAGGAGUGAGAUAACUUCUUCCCAGCAUUUGGAAGCAGGACACUUUAUUCCACGGACAAUACUUUCCUACACUACGUCAUCAACAUACGUUAUUUAUACAAACUGUCCUAUCUGAGCCACACUUGAAUCAAGUGAUGCUAAAACAAGAGAGUAUGUGAAAACUUUUUUUGGACACACCAGACAACCUGACUAAAGAACGAUUUUCAUAUUGUAUCAGUCCGCUUGUACAUGCUGAGCAUUAGGUCACGUUGCCAUCGUCUUCAAAUGGCCUUUUAUGGUUCUUUCAAUUGUGAAAGCGAGAUUUCUUUAUGGAGAGCUUUCCGGAUAAACCAAAUGGGGUUCAUAAGGGGGAU